CCCGAAGGCUGCAGCUUCUUCCCACGUUGAAGAAUAAUCCUAGAAAGCUCACGAAAAUGUGUGAUGCGUUUGUAGGUACCUGGAAACUUGUCUCCAGUGAAAACUUCGAUGAUUACAUGAAAGAAGUGGGAGUGGGCUUUGCCACCAGGAAAGUAGCUGGCAUGGCCAAACCCAACAUGAUCAUCAGUGUGGAUGGAGAUGUGAUCACCAUCAAGUCAGAAAGUACCUUUAAAAAUACCGAGAUUUCCUUCAAACUGGGCCAGGAAUUUGAUGAAGUCACUGCAGACGACAGGAAAGUCAAGAGCACCGUGAACUUGGAAGGAGGUGCCCUGGUCCAGGUGCAGAAGUGGGACGGGAAGUCGACCACCAUCAAGAGGAAGCGAGUGGACGACAAGCUGGUGGUGGAAUGUGUCAUGAAAGGCGUCACUUCUACCAGAAUUUACGAGAGAGCAUAAGCCAAGGGUCACUGAGCUGGACUGAAGUUUGCCUCGAACUCCGUGUCGUUCUGUUGGAUAUAUUGUCCAAACACGUCUUGUUAUUUCCCACUAACUAGCAAGCAACUAACUUACCCCCAAAUGGAUUUUAUUCUAUGCGGUCGUGUUGGUUAAAUAAAACUUUUUAGAGUUAGA